CUUGACCCCAGUGGCAGCUGUCCCAUGGAUCUGGGGGUGUUAGGAACCUCCAUUGUCCCUGGGCUCCAGACUAUAAUGGGAUGGAGGGUCAUCUCAAUGGGAUGGAGUUUGAUCCAAGCCUCUGACUUGGCCCUGGCGCUGUCCAAUGUUCCAUGGGGCUGUUUGGUGGCCAUGAGCACCCCACGCCCUGCAGCACAGCUGGGGAUGUAGAUACAGCCCAAUGUGGGAUGAGGCCCCACAUCCCAUGGGCACAUCCACGUCCCCACCACAGCUCUCCCCCCACAGAUAACGGCCGCGUUGUGGCUGCUCCCCCUGAGUCCACGUUUCCUCAUUGCCCAACUUCAGGGCCCAUAAAAGGCACCGUGAGCACGGGGUGGGCACGGGGUGAGGAUGUGGAGCUGCUGGGUGCUGGUGCUGGCGCUGCUGGGGGGGGCCUGUGCCCUCCCGGCCCCCCUGGACUACAACCAGGCUCUGGCCCAGGCUGUGGACUCCUACAACCAACGGCCCGAGGUGCAGAAUGCCUUCAGGCUGCUCAGCGCCGACCCCGAACCCGGCCCAAACGUCCAGCUCAGCUCCCUGCACAACCUCAACUUCACCAUCAUGGAGACGCGGUGCCAGGCGCGUUCGGGUGCCCAGCUUGAAAGCUGCGACUUCAAGGAGGACGGGCUCGUCAAGGACUGCGCUGCGCCCGUGGUGCUGCAAGGCGGCCGCGCCGUGCUCGAUGUCACCUGCGUGGACUCCAUGGCUGAUCCUGUCCGUGUCAAGCGCUUCUGGCCGCUGGUGCCGGUGGCCAUCAACACGGUGGCUGCGGGCAUCAACCUCUACAAAGCCAUCAGGAGGAAAUGAGCCACGCUCAGAGCUGCUCUCACCGCUGUCCCUCCGCAGCCCCCCACCCAAUAAAGCUGUUUUUCUGG